AUGACGAACGAAUCGUCAACGAUCCCAUCCGAGCCUCAGCCGGCUGAGCCUGUCCCCGCAAACCCUUACUACGGGAUUCAGGAGAACAAGAAGCUCUGCGCUUGUGAUGACCAUCAGGCAUGUCAAUGGCCGAUGGAACACGCAGUCAUCACGAUUCCUCCCUGCGCCUACAAGUGUCCCUACUGCCCGAAGUUUGACGACCUCAUGUGCAAGGACCCUCAGGUGGUGAAGCUCCGCGCUCAUAUCAAACGUGACCAUUUGAAGAGAAAGCCGCAGGAUUUCCUUGGGCUCACUGUCACCCCGGGAAGAGUGACGAAGCCCCGUGUGUCGUGA